AGGCCAUGGCAAUGGGAAUGAUGACAGAAUACUACCACUUCAUCUUCACUACUCUGGAUCUUUAUGCAUUAGACCUAGAACCAUACCGCUACUCUGGAGUGAACCUGACCGGCUUCCGGAUCCUCAACGUGGAGAACCCACACGUGUCCUCUAUCAUCGAGAAGUGGUCCAUGGAGCGGCUGCAGUCAGCACCUAAGGCGGAGCUGGGACUGCUCAAUGGCGUGAUGAUGACAGAUGCUGCCCUGUUGUACGACGCGGUGCACGUGGUCUCCGUCUGCUACCAGCGUGCCCCUCAGAUGACCGUGAACUCCCUGCAGUGCCAUCGGCACAAAGCCUGGAGGUUUGGUGGCCGCUUCAUGAAUUUUAUAAAAGAGGCCCAAUGGGAAGGAUUAACAGGACGAAUUGUCUUCAAUAAAACUAGUGGUUUACGGACAGAUUUUGAUUUGGAUAUCAUCAGCCUCAAAGAAGAUGGUCUUGAAAAGGUUGGAGCGUGGAGCCCUUCUGAUGGUUUGAACAUCACAGAAAUCUCCAAAGGACGAGGGCCUAAUGUCACAGACUCGCUGAGCAACAGAUCUCUAAUUGUCACCACUGUCCUGGAAGAGCCCUUUGUCAUGUUCCGUAAGUCUGACACGGCCCUGUUCGGGAAUGACCGCUUUGAGGGUUACUGCAUCGACCUCCUGAAGGAGCUGGCCAUCAUCCUGGGCUUCACCUACGAGAUCCGGCUGGUGGAGGAUGGGAAAUACGGGGCGCAGGAUGAGAAGGGGCAGUGGAACGGCAUGAUCAAGGAGCUCAUCGACCACAAAGCCGAUCUGGCCGUUGCUCCUCUCACCAUCACCCACGUUCGGGAGAAAGCGAUAGACUUCUCCAAGCCCUUCAUGACCCUGGGAGUCAGCAUCUUGUACCGGAAGCCCAACGGGACCAACCCCAGCGUGUUCUCCUUCCUCAACCCCCUGUCUCCGGACAUUUGGAUGUACAUCCUCCUCGCCUACCUGGGGGUCAGCUGCGUGCUCUUUGUCAUAGCCAGGUAA